GGGCCUGGUUCCGAAAUGUUCAUCAGUCAACAUGAGCAAACAACGGAAGGAACCGAUUUCCAUCCACUUCAUCUAACUUCCAGGCCUGAAUAUUGGCCAAUAUGUGUUAGCUAACAUACUUGUCCGAUUUUGUGGUUACAAAGAGCAGGCCGUUUCUUUCUCCUCGCUCUCAAUCGAAAGUUACGACACCAAACAGUGGGGGUUCGUCACUACGGCGACCACACCAGCCGCGCCCAACUUCAGCCGCCGCACAGCCGUGGAACACAGUACGGAGCAGAGCAAUCACAUUUCGGCACAUAGCAAAAAAAUGAAUUCCAACGUUAAGCGCAAGUUCAAUGCGCUCCUCCAGGGCAUUGGCAACCGCCCACCAGCUGAAUACGGCACCGAUCGCGACAGCAUAGCCGAUCCCGCAUCAUCACCCGCUUCGCAGCGCUCAUCGCCGCACCUCCCGAGGACAAUGGCCAGCGACAGCAGCGUCGAUCUGCAAAAGAAGCGCCGCGUCGGCGGACCGACUACGACCCCCUCAAAAUAUACCACAUUACAAACGACCCCGAUGCGAUCCUCGCCCGCGAGCAUACGCAGCGUCGCCCCGACCACGACCUCCGUCUCGAACGUCACACUACGCAAAUGGACACCCGGUGCCGGCAGCCCGGCGCCCGACGCAAGGGAGGGGCUCCCCCCCGCGCCCAAAUAUUGCCCGGGCGACCGCGACCAGCUGCUCCGGCGGCUCGGCACCUUCCAGGAGCUGACGGACUGGACGCCCAAACCGGACCGCGUCAGCGAGGUGGAGUGGGCGAAGCGCGGCUGGGCGUGCCAGGGCAAGGAGCGGGUUAGGUGCACGCUGUGCGGCCGCGAGCUGGUGGUCAAGGUGAACCGCAAGGAGGUCGACGGGAAGGAGGUCGCGGUGCUGAUCGCGUCCGAGGUGGCCGAGUCGGUCGUGGACGCGUACGCCGAGCUGAUUGUCGAGUCGCAUGCCGAGGACUGUCUGUGGAGGAAGAGGGGAUGCGAUGAUUCCCUCCUCCGCCUGCCCCUCCCGAACCCAAAACUCGCCCUCCAAGGCCUCCGCCAGCGCUACGACGAGCUCUGCGAACGCUCCGCCUUCCUCCCCUACGAAUCCAACCUCCGCCUCCCGCCCACCCUCGACCUCGACACCAUCAUCACCCACCUCCCCGCCAACUUCUUCACCUCCCCACCCCCACCCCCCAACAAAGCCAACCCCACCAUCACCACCACCGCCGCCACAGACGAACCAAAACCCAACCGCCCCGCACUCGCCCUCGCCCUCCUCGGCUGGCAAUCCCUGACCCACCCCCAGCUCGGCACCGCCGUGCCCAACAGCGCCUCCUGCCACACCUGCCUGCGCCGCCUGGGCCUGUGGAUGUUCAAGCCGCGCGAGAUCGACCCGGCCUCGGGCGCCGUGCUGGUGCCCGCGCCGAUGGACCACCUCGAUCCCCUGCGGGAGCACCGGUUCUUUUGUCCGUGGAAGAAUCCCGAGGCGCAGCGGAACCCGGGUGCCGCUGUGAGGUCUGGCGGGGGUGGGAAGGGUGAGGAGGGGGUGCUGCCGGCGGCGUGGGAGGUGCUGGUUGUGGGGUUGAGGAAUGAGGCGUUUAUUCGGGAGAGGGCCAGGGGCGGCGUGGUGCCGGGCCAUGGCCGGAGUAAGAGUAGCGUUCCUGCUCCCGGGUCGGGCGCUGCUGCUGCUGCGGGGCCGGGGGGUACGGGUGGGGAGGCGGUGCCCAAGACGCCUGAGCGGCCGAUGACGGUGGGUGGGGGGCCGCGGGGAUUGGGUGGGGGUGGGGAUGAGGAUGGGGAGGAAGAGGGGGAGGGGGAUGACGAGGAGGCGAGGGAUAGGAAGGAUCGGGAUAUGAUGUCAAGGUUGAGGAGGGUCAAGAGUCUGUUUAAUACCAAGGCGGGCGGGAAGUUGAGGAAGCUGGGGUCGAGCAGGCCGGGGACGUCGCAUUCGAGUGUGGGCGGUGGGGAGUAGGGCUGGAUGGUUUGGGAGGUUGUGUUAUGGGAGGGUAGCGGAAUGGUACGGGGAGUAAUGGGCGGGCGACAGGGUGCGGCAUUUGUAUUGUUUUCGGAUGUUGAAGCGUGUAAAAAGGCAAUGAGGUUACUGUGUUGUUGGGCUUGAGCCAACUCCACGAAACCAUGUACAAGUUGUAUCGCAACCUUCUCUACGCCCUGUGAAAAGAUCAACCUCGGCCAGGCUAGCAUGUGACUCUGUAGCCUUGUUUUCUUGAACGUGUCGAUUUUCAACAAUGGGGUUAGUUCUUAGAGCUUAUUAUGAUACUUCUUGGCUUUAACCGGGGUUUCGUUGUAGGACUUGAGAAUCGGACUAAUAAGAGUAAGUAAAACUCGAGCAAGUGAACAGGCCCCCUCAAAAUAGGUGCAAAAAGAUCAACAACAAAGUUCCGUGAAUUGCUCGGUGUUGCAC